UUAAAGCGGCGGCGGGAAGAUGAAGUUUCGGGAGCCGCUCCUGGGCGGCAGCGCCGCGAUGCCGGGCGCGUCCCUGCAGCGGGCCUGCCGCCUCCUCGUGGCUGUCUGCGCGCUGCAUCUUGGCGUCACCCUCGUCUAUUACCUGGCCGGCCGAGACCUAAGACGCCUGCCUCAGCUGGUCGGAGUCCGCACAACGCUUCAGGGCAGCUCUCACGGCGCCGCCGCUAUCGGGCAGCCCUCCGGGGAGCUCCGGCUGCGAGGGGCCGCACCGCCGCCGCCUUUGCAGAACUCUUCAGAGCUGCGCUCCCGGGCCGCCUCCAACCCAGACGCGGACUCUCGCCCCGGCCCUGGCCCGGGCCCGGGGAGCAACUUGACUUCGGCCCCAGUGCCCUCCACCACAACACUGUCGCUGACCGAAUGCCCUGAGGAGUCCCCGCUGCUCGUCGGCCCCAUGCUGAUUGAAUUUAACAUACCUGUGGACCUGAAGCUUGUGGAGCAGCAGAACCCAAAGGUGAAGUUGGGUGGUCGCUACAGCCCCACGGACUGCAUCUCUCCUCACAAGGUGGCCAUCAUCAUUCCAUUCCGCAACCGGCAGGAACACCUCAAGUACUGGCUGUAUUACUUGCACCCAAUCCUGCAGCGUCAACAGUUAGACUAUGGCAUCUAUGUUAUCAACCAGGCUGGAGAGUCCAUGUUCAACCGCGCAAAGCUCCUCAACGUUGGCUUUAAAGAGGCCUUGAAGGACUAUGACUACAACUGCUUUGUGUUUAGCGACGUGGACCUCAUCCCAAUGAACGACCAUAACACCUACAGGUGCUUUUCACAGCCACGGCACAUUUCUGUAGCGAUGGAUAAGUUUGGAUUUAGCCUACCUUACGUGCAGUAUUUUGGAGGUGUCUCUGCUCUAAGUAAACAACAGUUUCUCAGCAUCAAUGGAUUUCCUAAUAACUACUGGGGCUGGGGAGGUGAAGAUGAUGACAUUUAUAACAGAUUAGCUUUUAGAGGCAUGUCUGUGUCUCGCCCAAAUGCUGUAAUCGGGAAGUGUCGGAUGAUCCGCCACUCGAGAGACAAGAAGAAUGAACCUAAUCCUCAGAGGUUUGACCGAAUUGCACAUACAAAGGAGACAAUGCUCUCUGAUGGUUUGAACUCACUCACCUACAUGGUGUUAGAGGUCCAGAGGUACCCGUUGUAUACCAAAAUCACAGUGGACAUCGGGACGCCAAGCUAGCAUUUUGGUGCACUGAUCAGAGACCUGAAAAUGGCCAGGGACCUCUGCCGUGUCUCUGCCCGUGUGUUGGGCUGGUCCCUCUCACUCUCACAAUCAGUGACAGGCCCUCUCUGCUCAUCGUUCAGACGCCUUUUCAGACGACCAGGACGAGUGGGAUAUAUUGCCCCUAACUUGGCUCAGCAUGUGACUUCUCAGCCCCACGAGGUGUAUGUAAGCAUAGAAACCAUCAGCCUCUGGGGGCUCUCGGCAUGUUCACGGUGUCACCCCAAAGAAUCAAAGC